CCAACAAAAAUAUCCAGUGAAACUUGCAACCCAAACAUACGAAGAACAGCGACUGCAAUCCUGCUCCAAUGGCCGCCGCCUCCGCCUCUCUGCCACCAGUCAAGAACGGGCUCGACGCCGCUCAUGCUCUUCUCCUGAACCCAAUUCAUGACACGGAGCCACCAUCGCCGACAAAGCGCCACACCAAGGUCACGGUCGUUGGGGUGGGCAACGUCGGUAUGGCCAUCGUGCACGCCAUCCUCUCCCAGCACCUGGCUGACGAGCUCGCCCUCAUCGACGCCCAGGCCGACAAGCUCCGCGGAGAGGUCCUCGACCUGCAGCAUGCCGCGGCCUUUCUCCCCCGAACGACAAUCAAGUCCUCUACUGAUGUGUCCUCUGCCGCAUACUCCGACCUCUGCAUCAUCACCGCCGGGGCCCGCCAGAGGCCCGAGGAGUCCAGGCUCGACUUGUUGAAACGAAAUGUUCAGAUUUUAUCUGCGAUCGUGCCUCGGCUUGCUCGCGCAGCCCCGAACUCGACCAUACUCGUGGUUUCGAACCCGGUCGAUGUGCUGACAUAUGUCACGUAUAGGCUGUCAGGGUUCCCGGCGAAUAGGGUGAUCGGAUCGGGGACCAACCUCGACUCUUCCAGGUUCAGGUUUAUGAUUGCGGAGCAUCUGAGGGUGAACGCCCACGAUGUGCAGGCGUACAUGGUCGGCGAGCACGGCGACAGCUCUGUGGCUCUGUGGUCGAGCGUCAGUGUCGGCGGGGUUGGGAUCGUGGGGUUGGUGAAGGGCGAGGAUGCGGUUCUUGAAGAGAUGCGCGAGCGUGUUGUGAAGAGCGCGUAUGAAGUGAUCGCACUGAAGGGGUACACGUCGUGGGCGAUUGGGUACUCGGUGGGGAGCUUAGCAGGGACACUCCUGAGGGACCAGAGGAAGAUACAGCCGGUGAGCGUGGUGGCCAAGGGAUUCCAUGGGAUUGAAGAGGAAGUGUUUUUGAGCUUGCCGGCACAACUGGGGAGGAACGGGGUGAUUGGAGUGGUGAAUGUGGAGCUUACAGAGGAGGAGACCAAACGGCUCAGAGCGUCUGCAAAGAAGCUGUGGGAGGUGCAACAGGAGUUAGGGAUAUGAACGAGGCGCGGCGAUCCGCCUGCAUCGGUCUCUCUAUCUGAGCUAGAGGCAUAGAAUAAAUGUAUUUCCCUCUUCUGUUUUCAGUUUUUCUCUUUCCCUCUUCUGUUUUCAGUUUUUCUCUUUCCCUCUUCUGUUUUCAGUUUUGUUUGUUACAUCAAAUGCUUUGUUUAGAAGACUGGAUCGAGAUCUUUGUAGGGUCCAUAUGUUUUGUAUGUUAUAUAAGUUUUUGUGAAAAUCCACAAGAUAAAACAAAAGCA